UACCGCAGUGCAUCGUGGGUAAUUCCUGGCGGUGGCUCAGCUGAUCCUCGUGCAAGCGUGUUUGGUAAGGAGCGCGCGAUAGAUUAGGGAGUCGGGUCGUGGCCGCGUGCUCUGUACAUACACACAUAUAUACACACGUUAUAACGCCUGUUAUAAGCCGCCUGUUGUCCUCCGUAAAAUAGCUUUUUAUCAGUUCCUGGUGGAAUGUGUAGUUAUGGAAAGUUUCCGCGUUGCUGCAGAAAUUAGCUAACCAACCUGAAAACAAACUAGCCACGUGAGAGCCAGUGAACUGGACACAGGCAUGCCUUGACUUGUUUGUACCGGGAUUCAGCCGGUGGGGUUCCCUCUGCUACAUGGAUUAUAAAUUCCCAAAUCAGCUUUUCCCACAUUUCUAUCUGAACGGACCUUCGAGUUUAGACUGGACCCAUGAUUACGGAGGCUUGGGCUCCUAUGGGCAGGUGCUCGAGACAUCCAGAGAGCCGUUCCAGAGUCAUGUCGAGGGAGAGACUCCAUUCCUGUUUCAACCCCAGCGUAAGGUGGAUGGAGAGGUGUGGGUCCCCACUGAGCCGAUCGUAACACCGCUUCUCCCUCCUAACCCAGAUACUAAGUCAUUCAGAGGUCCUGUCAGUCCAGAUGACUUCCCUGAACAUAUGAAGUAUUUCUAUGUGCAUCACUGCAUGGAUUCAUUCUCGGUGAUGGGCCAGCUGCUUGGAGAGCACUUCAGUUUUGACACCAGACAUCCUAAGGAUGUCACCAGUAUGGGUAAGAUGAUGGACUUUCUACACAACCUAAAUUAUAAAAAGUGCGAGAUUCAGUCUUUGCAAAGGGUGAGCCGCUAUCACCACCUUCUGGGUGACAUUAUCCCUGACAUUCCCUCCUCCCUCCUGGCUGAGCUUCUGCACAAGGAGCUGAUCCAUCAGGCGGAAUUGGAACACUUCCAACCUGCCACAACCGGGGGCGCCCUCACCUACAUCCCAAACCUCACAUGUCAGAAUGAAGCCUUUCUGAUUUAUCCCAGUGGAGAAGCUCUAAACUCCAUCAAUUUUCACCCUGUGGAGCUGGAAUUCAGUGAAGAUAAACCUCCGGGUGUGAAUGUGGCAGAAAAGCCUCUGGUGUUCAACCUGGAUGGAACAGUAAGGCAGGUCAGCGUGGCCCAGGUGGAUGAUGAAGCUUAUCUAGGUUUGCGUUCAGAUCAUUUCUGUGCAGCAUGGGUAAUGAAAGACCGUAACCACCCUCGUUCAUUAGAGGUGGUGCAGCUGAAGCAACGAGCCACCAGCCUCAAUGUCAGUCCUCAUGUAUCUGGAGAGUUUAUCGUAGCCAGCGAGAGCGGAGCAGCCUAUCUCUGGAUUGUGGGAAAAGGGCUGCAAAAGGUUCGAGAUGAACGGAUGAACCUGUACUUCAAUGCCAAGUCUCCCUGGCGAUGGUGCGAGUUCACGGCUCAUCCACGUGUGAUGGUUUACGCUGACCAGACUGGAGCUGAGCUCACAGAUAUGAGGAGCAGUGAUUGUCGCACGUUAUUCCGGAUCGGUGGAGCGGCUGCUUGUAAGAGUGGAGAGAGGGUGGUCUUGGGCAAAUACCUGGCCGAAAGCCACGGCUUUCACCACCUCAUCACUACACAGUUCUCUGCAUACCUCCUGGAUGAGCGCAUGCCCUGUGUGCCUGCCCUGAAGUGGGAGCACAUGAUGGAGUCGCCUCCCUGUUUUGCCCACGUUGUGCCAGCUUCGGGUCAAAACAAGACCUCUAAAAUCCUCCUGGGAGCACAGAGAGCACAGGAGACUAUGUUGCUGCAGUACUCUGGUGGAAGAGAAUGGGCAUGCCAAGCAGACGGUCCAGUGCAAAAACUGUAUAGUCCGUGUGAGAGCCUGAAGAUUCAGCAGCUUCCGCACAGACGGCACAAAGCACAAGCGAGGUUGGCCACACACGCCGCAGGCGUAACUGCAAUGCAGAACAAUGGCUUCCUGUGUGUGCUUCAGCUCACAGAGGCCGGGGACAUUUUCUACCAGCUGCUAAGACAUUUUGACCCAAACAACUUGGUGCCACAUCAGUCAGACUCUGUAGAACCAGAAUCCAGUACACUCCAGUACACAGUAGACUCUGCACUCCAACACCAAGUUUCUUUGGAAGAAGACAGUGACUUUGAAAGGGAGCGACAUCAGCGUAUGCUGGGACAAAUAGAACUUCUGGUCAAUGAGAGUAAUGAUGAGCAUAACUCUCGUACUUCAGAUGAUAAUAAGGUCCCUACAGAAGAAGGGAUUAACUCCAAGCCUGCUCAUGUUCUGGAGUCAUCUGGGUGUUCUAAGAGUAACGGUGCUCAUCCACUGAGGCCAACGGUCCCCAAAAAGGCUAGCCGCAAUUUAAAAUUAAUCUGGAAAAAAUGGCUGGAAUCCUUCUUGUCAAAAGCAGGAGGACGCAAACGUAGCUUGAAGCACAGGAAAAUAAAGACCAGUGCUAUAAUACAGUGUAAAGUCCAGCAAAGAGACAGGCUUGAGGAGGACAAGUUUAAAAGAUUGAGGAAAGACCAGGCAGAGAUCUUAAAAGCCAGGAAGCUGCUUGUUCAUGGGGUAACAUACCUGCCUCCUCUAGAGGUGACCCCAGUUACAGAUGAGGUGGACCCCGAGGACUGGCCAGAUGAUCUGAGUCAGCGCAUAAGUGCCUCGUGGAGGGAUGGUUGGAAUAACUGGUGGGAAGAAAAACUUGGUCUUAACCGGGACGCCAAGAUUGAGGCCCUGCGAAGGAAGCGCCGUCAGGCAAAGAGAGCAAAAGCCAGAAACAGGGUCUCACUUGCUUCAAGCUUUACUUCAUCCAUCAGCUACCAGGACGAUCUUACGGAAUGUUCAUCAGCCACAAGUCAGUAUCUGGGUUCAGAUGCGGAAAGCAUCAUUAACUCUCAGAGUGCACCAGAGUGUGAGGAGGUUUCUGACCAGGAGGUACUAGCUAACAGCACAGAUUUUCACAGAGCGAAUCAGAGCACAGAAGGGGUUUCAGAGGUGGUAGAACCUGUUAAGACUUCUUCGAAAAGCCCUCAAAAAACAAAAAGCUCUGAGCAGGACAAAGCCUUUGGUAUUUGCCAAUCCCCUCCAAGGGACUUCCAACAACUGCCAAGCCAGGCUCCUUCCAUAGAAAGCAACUCUGUACUUUUUUCUUCCCCACUAUCCUGUCUGAAGGAGUCACAUCCUGGCCAUGCAAAACAGAGACAUGGGCAUCAGCAGCAGCAGGGCUACCACAAUUCCUUUUUCAGCUCUCAAGAACUUGGGCAGAAUGAGGAGGCCUCUACGUCUGUUGGUUUGAUCCCCACCAGAUCGCGGCCUUCUAGUUUUCUGUCACCAUCGCGGGCUUCAUUGAGGGCCUCUUCACAGGCUUCCCAACCUCAGAAAAAGAAGUCUCGAAUGGGAUUCUGAAUUUGUCCAGUGUGUACCUCUCAGUCCAGCCGUCUUCGGGGAUCGUGGGCAGCUCUGGUGCACCGCAGUAGCUGUUGUGCAGGGUCUGCGCCGUGCGCCGGGACACGAUCCACACCAGCUUCCUGUGAUUGGGUUUGGAACAUG